GCUCCUGUGGUGACCCUCAAUACUGUAAGGAUGGCCCUGGGGGUGGGUGCCUUAGCCUGGCCUUGCAGGUGGGAUUUUCUCCUUGCUUGGGAGAAAUAAUGCUCACGUGGGAGCAAAAGGCCUUGGGAGCCUGAGAGAAGCACUUGUUUAUGAGGAAACGGGUGUUGUGGUAAUCUGUAACUGAAGGGACUUUGGGAGACAGGAAUGCUGCCUAUAAAUACCACCUGAAGAGGCUCAGGUCCCUGUGGGAGCCCAGGAGAAGCCUUGUGGUAACCCCUGAAUUCCUUCUGGUGUGGUCCAUCCAUGCAGAGGGACCUGAGGAAGCCAGCGGGCUGACCCACAGACCUCUAAUGGUCGGGGAUCUGCAUGGGCACCGGGCACUGUGCCACUCAGCGUGCUGAAGAAGUUUCUUUUAUCUCAUGCCAUUCUGAUAAUCCUCAUCAAUCUCUUCAGUGCUCUGCUUUGAUGACUGGAACACCGAGCUCCUCUGCCAUGAGUUUGGCUCCCUUUGCUGUGGCGGGUGGCCGUGCAGGAGCCAAGCCAGUGCCACCACCUCUGGGCCUGCCGGGUGAGCUCGGGCAGCAGAGGAUCAGCCCCCCCUUCCCACAGCCCAGGCCUGUAGAGCAAGUGCAGAGCAGAAACCCAUCGGUGUUGGUUCCUCGCGGUGUCCCCCCGCUGACGGAGGCGGCGGCCAGGACAGCCCUGCUGCGCUUCGUGGCCACCAGGCACUGCUACGGGAGCAGAGCGGCGGCGGAGCUGCACAUCCAGGAGCUGCGCCCGCGCGUCACCUACCGGUAUCGACUGGAGACGUUCAGUGAAUCGCGGUUAAGCGAGUGGGCGUUUGAGCCCUUCACCAAGCCCGGAGCAUCCAGACCCCCUGGGGACAUCCCUCCAGACCUCUGGGACGUGGAGGUGGGGGUCCCCCCGCUCUUCCAGGGCCAGACACGGCGCUGCCGGGUGCCCCGCUCGGCGCUGGUCAGGGAGUGUCACAGAUGCCACGGUCGUGGCCGAUCGCAGUGCGGCGCGUGCCACGGUGCGGGCCGGGCGAGGUGUGUGACGUGCAGGGGGUCCCGGCGGAGGCUGAAGCAGCAGAAGAGGUGCCAGCUCUGCUCCGGCACGGGCCGCAGCAGGAGGAACAACGUUUUUGAAUUUGUUUCUGAGCAUCACCCAAACUUCCCAGGGGAGCUGCUCAGCAAAGUCAGUGGCGAGAACAUAUUCCAAGAUGAAAACGUGGUGGUGUGCCCCAUCGUCGACUUCCCCGAGCCUGCCAUCUCCCGGGCCUCGCGGCGUGCCAUCGCCGAGCACAGCGCGGCGUUUGCCAGCUCGUCCCGCAUCCUGCGGCAGCGUCAAACCGUCGAGCGAAUCCCCAUCACAGAAGUGCACUACCAGUACUUGGGGAAGCCUUACCUCUACUACAUCUACGGGCUUGAAAACAAGGUGUACGCGCUGGACUACCCCGAGAGGUGCUGCUGUGGCUGCACCAUCCUGUGAGGGCCCAGCGGGUGCUUUCCUGCCAUGCAGCACAGGGCUGUGAGCCGCAGUGAGGCCAUGCCACCCCCAAACUGCCGGCAUCUCCCAGCCCUGACAGCCCCAGACCUCCCGCUGGGUGCAGGAUCAGGCCUUUGGGUAGAGAUUUCCCCACUGGAUGCUUCCCUUCCUUGCUGUAAUGCUGUAUCGUUAAAGCCAUGCCUAUUGACAGAGACAUUUUCAGUCCAGCCACGCCAUUUCUGACUGUCGCCUUUCUUCCCCUGUUUUAUUUAUCAGAUUUCCCGAGUUACUACAUAAUCCAUAAUGAUAUGUUUCAGUAUCUAUCCAAUUAUCAAAUCUAACUUCAAAGGAUUUCACUUUAAAAUACCCACUAACAUCACCUGAGGGACGGUUCUGCCGAUACAGAAGUUACUGUGUGAGGACACAGGGCUCUUGCUGCCUGGGCUGCAUGCGGUGCCGGGGGCAGCACCCGCGGGGGGCCUCAUCCAGCAAUGCCAUUGCCUCAGGUGCUGGCAGGAGGCAGUUCUGCCAGCACUUCUCAUCCUUCUUGUUCUGUUUUAGCACCCAUCUUGCCAUGUUCCUCUUACAAAAGCCUGCAGGAGAACUGCGGAUCUCUCUGGGUUUAAGGCUAAAUCCAGCACUUGUUUGCAGUGUAAAGCUGGAGAAGAUAAAGCAAACAGACCCUUGAAAAGUUCAGAAAUGUGCAAGGAAACAGGAAGACACCAACACUUAUAGUUAAAAAGAAAGCAAGCAACCCUCCUCUCCUCCUCCGUGAUUUUUUCAUAGUUCUCGUGCUGUUUGGGGGCCUAACGGAGGGUUUUUGUGUGGGUGGCACUGGCAGACCCUAACAGAUUGCUGCAUCAGAUGGGGGUGUGCUGCCUGCACCCUGGCACUCUUGUUGUCUGUCACUGAGCUGACAGUUGAAUUAGAACCUUAUCACAGCAAAUCAGCAUGGGAAAAACACACUGAAGUUCUGGGAAUCUUGUAAAAGAUAAAGACCCACACUGUCAGCUUGAAUGGGGACUGUGAGGGAGGGGAGGAAUGCAAGGAAGACUGGGGAAAGGCAUUUAACAGCUGACAGAUUUUAAAACAAGUGAGUUGAAAAUUACUUUGUAAAAGAAGUGUUUUCUAAUGCUGCUUCUAAAAGAAAAGAAAAGAAAAAAAAAUGUUUCUGGUAAUGUGCAAACAGAGGAAAUGAGUGCGUGAGGGGGAGAAGAGCUUUCCUGGCUUUGCCAUGGGGGGAGAGACGUGGGCAGCCAUGCAGAUACUCGCCUGCUGUGGCCCCCCAUGCAGCCAUGCCAGCCCCGUGCCAGUGGUGUGAUGCUGCCCCACACUGUCCCCAGCCCUGGAGCUAACCCAGGCAGCUCCGUGCCCCAGGCUGUGUGCAGGGGGGAGCCAGCCCAGAGCUGGUGCCAGCCCCUUGCAGGCCCACUUUUACCAUGGGAUUUUGCAAGCAGCAGCGCAAUGCAGGUGUGCUCGGAGGAGCUGUGGGGACAGCGCUGCCUUUUAAAGCACACCUUUGGCUGUCUCCUUCUGCCUUGCCGCAGUCCCUCAGUUUUGCUUUGCUCCCCUGGGGUGGGAAGUGUUGGUAGGCUGCGUGUGCAGUCUCGGGCAGGUUUCGAAAGGGGGCUCGAGCAUGCUGGCAGUACAACUGAGCACAUGGCACUCUGUGUAUGGCUGCCAUUAACUGCAAAUGGGACCUUGUGCUCGCGUAAAACACGCCGCACGAAAGCACGGCAGAUGCACCACAUCUGCACACCUCCCUCCAAGGGGCUGCGCAGCGCUGGUACUGCUCUGCAGGGGCCUCCUCUGCUGCCGCUGAUUGCUCUGCAGCAAAAGCAAACACAGGCUCUAACAGCCUUGUUAUUAAACCACAUAUUUAAUAGGGUUUUGGUCCU